AAUAGCUAGAACCAUACAUAUAGUAAUAGCUAGUAUGGCUCUUCCAUGGUUUCUCAUUCUCAGUUUCACGAGCAGUAUUCUGCUGUUUGUUGAUGUUACUCAUUCAACUUCUCAAGAUGUCCGAAAGAUUUAUAUUGUGUACAUGGGUGGCUUGCCAAAAAAUGGGGUGCUAGUAACACCUGAUCAUCAUGUGAAUAUCCUACAAGAUGUAGUUGACAGCAGCAACCUUGACAUUGCACAUGGAGAUUUGCUUCUUCACAGCUACAAGAGGAGUUUCAAUGGGUUUGCUGCAAUGCUCACUGAACAAGAAGCACAAAAACUUGCAGAAAUGGAUGGAGUAGUUUCUGUCUUCCCAAGCAAACAGAGGAUGGCCACAACAACAAAGUCAUGGAACUUCCUUGAUUUUCCAGAGACAGUUAAGAGAAGCGCCCUUGAAAGGGACAUCAUCGUCGGUGUGAUAGACAGUGGAAUUUGGCCAGAGUCCGACAGCUUUAGUGAUGUUGGUUUUGGUCCUCCACCCAAGAGUUGGAAAGGAAAAUGUAAAGGAAAUGGCGACUUUACUUGUAACAAUAAAAUUAUUGGAGCACGUUACUACCGUGCUUCCGGAUCAUUCACCGGAGAUUUUCAGUCGCCAAGAGAUUCUCAGGGUCAUGGAACCCACACCGCAUCCACAGCAGCUGGGAAUAUAGUGAGCAAAGCCAGCUACAAUGGCUUAGGGUUUGGAACAGCAAGAGGAGGAGUGCCAUCAGCACAUAUUGCUGUGUAUAAAGUGUGCUGGGGAUCUGAUGUCACAUGUGAAGAUGCAGACAUACUAGCGGCAAUGGAUGAUGCCAUUGCUGAUGGUGUUGACGUUCUCUCUAUUUCCAUCGGAAGUAAUAUUCCGGUUGAUUAUUUGAAAGACCCAUGGGCAAUAUCAACAUUUCACGCUACCAAGGAAGGGAUACUGUGUUCCAUGUCUGCUGGCAACGAAGGCCCGAAAGAGAAAACUGUGACAAACUUUGCACCAUGGCAACUCUCUGUGGCUGCUACCACCAUAAACCGUCAGUUCAUCACCAAGGUUCAAUUGGGUAACGGUAAAACCUAUGAGGGACUUUUACCGAACACAUUCGACCUGAAGGGUAAAUUUUUACCUUUGAUUUAUGGUGGAGACGCACCCAAUAAUCAGUCUUUCGAGACUAUUUCUAGGUUUUGUUGUGAAGGUUGCUUAGACAAAGAUUUUAUCAAAGGCAAAAUUGUGCUUUGUGAUGGCCCUCUUGCAGGAGCUGGGAACGGGGCGCAAUUGGGUGGUGCGGCCGGAGUUAUUCUGACCGGCUCAAAAUUGGAUGAUGAAGUUUUGGGCCCUCCACUUGUCCCUGCAUCUUUCGUUGGAUUGGAAGAAAAUAGCAACAUAUACAAGUACAUAAACUCAACAAGGAACCCAACUGCAACUAUAUGGAAAAGUGAAGAGACUAAUGAUGCGUUGGCUCCAUACGUACCAGGGUACUCUUCAAGGGGUCCAAAUCCGCUGAAUCCCAACAUUCUCAAGCCAGAUAUAGCAGCUCCAGGAACUUACAUUUUAGCAGCAUAUACUCCAACUGUUGUUGGCAGUAGAGGUAGAUUCUAUCUGGAUACCGGGACAUCAAUGGCCUGCCCUCAUGUUACGGCAGUAGCUGCAUAUGUCAAAUCAUUUCACCCUAAAUGGUCACCGGCGGCUAUCAGAUCGGCUCUCAUGACUACCGCCAAACCUAUGAGUGCCAAAACUAGUCCUGAAGCGGAAUUUGCAUAUGGAGCUGGUUUAGUAAACCCCUCCAGGGCUCCAUAUCCUGGUUUGGUAUACGAUCUUGAUGUACAAGACUAUGUAGAUUUUCUGUGUUCAGAAGGAUACAGUGGCAAACUAUUGCAAGCCAUAAUCGGGGAGAAGACUAGUUGCUCAUCAAGUUCUUAUAAGAAAACAUCUAAUGACCUGAAUUAUCCUUCUAUGACUCUUUCCACCAAGGAUCCGAAACUCGUCAAUGGGGUGUUUCAUAGGACUGCCACUAAUGUUGGAUCUUCGAAUUCGUCAUAUAGAGCCAAAGUGGUGGCUCCAUCAGGACUCAAAAUAAGUGUGAAUCCAAGUGUGUUAUCAUUUACAUCUGUCGGGGAGAAGAAAUCUUUUGCUGUCACAAUAAAAGGGCCGAUGAAGAAAUCAAAUUUAGUCUCUGCGUCAUUGGUGUGGGAUGAUGGUGUUUUUCAAGUCAGGAGCCCUAUCGUUUUGUAUGUUGCAGUUUGAUUACGAGGAACGAAUUGUCACCACAAUGAAUGUUAAAAUGUAAUAAAAAACCAAGGCUAGUUUAUGCCGAAGCAAGUGGAGAAAAUUAUCACUUUAAUUGAAUCCUAUCAUCGACAUUAU